AUGGGGGCACCGGAUAACGAAGUAGUCAACUUGAUCAAUAAAGUUUGCACUCCAUUGAGUGAAGGAUAUAGGCAAACUGACCACCAAGGUUUCCUCCUGCAAAGGACCACAGAAGUCUUCAAAGCAGCUGUUUUCGCCGAUAUUACCCUUCAUCACGUAGAGGCAUACUACAAUUUCCUCGAAAAAGGUCUCCUCAAACGGAGUGCAAAGGCUGCAGAAGUCUUGCGCAACUUUUGGUAUGAGAAUGAUCCGAAUUUGCUUGAAAUGAAACGACAGCUCCUUCCAGUGUUGGAAAAGCACUUCACAAUCCGGCCAGAUUCGGUUAGUGACAAAGCCGUGAUCUUGAUUGCGAUGCCCCUACCUAACUGA